AAAGAGGAGUGAGGGACUGAGUGAUGGGAGGAGGAGGAGGCAGAGGGGGAGGAGGAGGGACAAAGAGGAGUGGGACUGACCGAUGGGAGGAGGAGGAGGAGGAGGAAGAGGGAUGAAGAGGAUUGGGACUGACCGAUGGGAGGAGGAGGAAGAGGGAUGAAGAGGAGUGGGACUGAGUGAUGGGAGGAGGAGAGGAAGAAGGAAGGGGAGGAGGAGGAGGAGGGGGGGAAGGCUUGGCUGAUAACUUGGGGCAACACAAGCACGGUCAUGGGAAAACCCUGUGCUUUGAACCCGAUGCGUUUAUUACCGGUUGCUUUGCACCAGGUCCUCAUUAAGCAGCUGCUCAGGCUUGCAGCAGUCUCGGCUGCUGUGGAGUCCUCUGGUUGGCCAUGCUCAGUCCCUGAUCAGCCACUUUGUGUCCAGAGGGAGCAGCAAAGCCCUUUUCCUCCCGUUAGCUUGUUUAAAGUAUUGAAGGGGAGCGUUGUGUGUAAAAAAAAAAGAAAACGUUCUCAUCUCCCCAGCAAAUGGUCGCUACACUACAAGGCAAACUUGCGAAUGAAACUCCUGCCUUGUUGAAGGAAAGUAUUGAAUUCCCAAAUUCAGAUUCCCAAAUCUUUACAGUUCAUAAUGUGAUCUUGCAGACCCUUUGAUGAUUAAGUUAUUUUUGUUGAAUAAAAAGCCAAAAAUUAUUCUGGAUAUUAAAUCAUAUUGCUGAUGGAAACAUCUUCCUCAGCCACAAAUCUGUUGUAGUUCUAAAAGUAUAUUUGCUGUAAAGUUUUAAAUCCAAAACUAAAUUGUGUAGUUUUAUUUGACUUUAUUUUAUCUGAAAAAAACAUCAUGGUAAUUAGUACUUUUUUUUUGUAGAGCUUGACUUUCAAAGAGGCUUUUUUAUUGCAGUGUGUGAAAAGGGGCGUAAUAAGGUGAGAUUGCCGGUACAUGCUGCCCAAAUCCAAUUCUGUGUACUGAUGUGAAACUGUUGAAGAGAUGGUUUGCAUUCUGGGUUUUGAUUGGUUGAUAUUAUUCAGGUUUCAUGCAUGUUUUCCAUUGGCCCAGUUUGUGUGUGUGUUGAAGGAUAUUUCCUGUAUUUGAGAGAUGUUUCUGAUGGCUUGCUGGAUGUGCGGGGGCAGGUAUCGGGCAUUUGGGGGUUUGUGGUCUCAGGCAAGGGCGUGUGCUUUAAGGACCUCCACAGCAGCUUGUACAACAGUGUUAUGUUUCGAGAGGCUGUACAUGGAAUGUAUUCAUUCUAUUGCAUUUAUUAUGAUCAUAAAUCCUGAAUUCUUCGUAUUUGUUUGCCAGAACAUCUUACCUUGAACACAGUGGUCUCAGGUUGAUGCAGCAUAGGAAAUGGUUCAAAAAAAAAUAUUAAACAUUUUUUGAAUAAUAGUUUUUUGAAUAAUAGUUGGGUAUAUCAUUUUUUUUAAACAAUAGUUGAGUGUAUAAACGCACAACUUCUGGAAGCAUGAAAUCACUGUAUCUGCUACAUGGAAGUUGCUUGAAGAGAUUUUCUUGCUUCACACCACAAACCCCUGUAUCCUAAAUAUAUGCCACUGUAAAGCUGUCUGGUCAUCAGAAACUUCUGCAGAUUUCUAAAAUAUCCUUAAUGGCACACAGAAACUCUCUGAGCCAAUCAAAGUCGUGCACCAGCCCAUGAACUAUUCCUUUAAGUCUUGCGAUUUUAUGACCGGAAACUUAUCUCUUGGUUAAAUAACAAGAUCCAGGCGAAUCCCUAAUCAUUUUCUGUGUGAAUAAUCUGAAUCUGCUCAAAUGAAAUGUAAAUGAACGUUGGAUCUGCAAGUUUGUUCUCUAUAAAACUGCAAAAAUGGAAAGGACAUUGUACAUCCCAGUUGUGUGUCUGAUUUGUUCAUAUAGAUAGACGGUACCUAUUAAGCCCAGUCCUGAAUUCCCAAACAUAUUUUGUAAUAUUUCUUAAUCAUGUAUGUGAAAUGUUUACAAAUGAAAGUUUAAAAAAAACAUAACAUGAAAUUUGUGAGCAAAAUAGGUACACUUGCCCCAUUUGUUUUAAUAUUCUGGGAUUGAUCCUACAAAACAAAUAUUAUGUGUAAGUAUUGCAAAAAUCCCUCCUAAACUUUGAAAAUUGUAUUGCAAAGUGAUCAUGGAUGCGCAGAAAUGUAAAAAUGUAUUUGAACAGAUUUACAUCGAUUCAGUUGUUCCUAAACAGUCAGCGCAAUUACUACAUGAUGGUUGGUGGUGCUUCCAAAUGAGAAGCAGGAAAGUUGGAAAUUUGGAUUCAGGAUAAUAAUUUAAGAAGCUGUCUAAAAAUGCAGUUCAUAGUAGUCCAAUGGUUCUAUUGUAUAAAUAUUUCGAUAUUUGCUUUCACAUGCAGGGGAAAGUAGAGUGAAAUUUGUUUUUUACUUAAGGCAUUUUGAUUUGAGAUCAAGAGAUGAAUAUGAGACAAAAGUACAGACAGUCCAUUUUUAUUUCAUGGUACUUGCAUGUGACUUCUUUUCAGGAAUGUGUAUUGAAAUAUUUUGAAAAAGAGUAACUUUCUGGAAUUGGAAUGCAGAUAUUUUCCACUUAUGAAUGGUAUUGAAUUGUUAUAGAAAUAUUUUCAUGUCUAUUUAUAUUUUAUGGCUUUUAUAUAUGGCUUGCUUACUGUGCUGUGAGAUGAUGGUACAUGUUAGUUGGGCUCUGAUUGGCUACUGUAUCACCAGCCUGGUCUUGUCAGAGGUCUGCCCCUUUGAAAUGUUUUUCACAAAAAUAACAGGCUGUUGGGCAGCAGGGUCUCCUAAGGCACUGGCUCUCACUGGUGAUGUGUCACAUGGUCUGUAAUCUAAUCUGGACCAUUUCUGUUCCAACUGGCCAACAGUGCCUCGUGGUUACAGCACGGUUUGGCCAAGCAGUUGGCAGGGUUCUCCCCAUCUCAUUGUGCAGGGCUGCGGGCUCUGCUGGCACGUACAGUCUGCCUGCACCAGCUGCGCAACAAGUGCAGGCGUCCAGCGCAGUGACUGCGCAGGUAAAAGGCGUUGGCGACUGGCAGGAGGCACCCUGGAGGUCACAUGGUCAUCUGCGCUCUCGCCAACAGGCCGAGGAACUUGCAGCCCUGGGAUGCACGUACCAUACAAACGGGCCAAAUUGGAAGACCAGCCUGUAUGUCAGGAUUUCAUUUCUUUGGAUAGGAAGUGAUGCCCCAGCGCACAACUAUUGCCGGGAAAUCAAGUGAAGAAGGGUCCAAAUAGUCAAAACGCACUUUUCCAUGCUGAAAGAUAAGGACAUGAAUGACACCUCGUAUCAUAAUCUCAUGAUGAAACACCUGGAGCACAAUCCUUUGAUGUAUAGUUUGGAUAACAUCACCAACGUCUCCCUGGGUGACCAGAACAUUACGGAAUGCGCCCAAGUUAUAAUCCCGCACGAGGUCUUUCUGACGUUGGGUUUAAUAAGCCUGGUUGAGAACAUUUUAGUUGUGCUUGCAAUCAUCAAAAACCGGAAUCUGCAUUCCCCAAUGUACUAUUUCAUAUGUUGCCUGGCAGUCUCUGACAUGUUAGUGAGCGUCAGCAACGUGGUGGAAACGAUGUUCAUGUUGCUGACAGAGCACGGAUUGCUGGUUGUCACGCCGCAUAUGAUGAAGCACCUGGAUAAUGUCAUUGACAUCAUGAUCUGCAGUUCGGUGGUGUCUUCCCUGUCCUUCCUUAGCACCAUCGCCGCUGAUCGCUACAUCACCAUUUUUUACGCAUUACGCUACCACAGCAUCAUGACAACCCAGCGAGCGGUGACCGUCAUUGUGAUUAUUUGGCUGGCCAGUACCAUCUCCAGCACUCUUUUCAUUGUCUACUACACGGACAAUGCCGUUAUCGUAUGUCUCGUGACGUUCUUCUGCAUCACUUUGGUUUUCACUGCAGUCCUUUAUCUGCACAUGUUCGUUCUUGCCCACGUCCACUCCAGGCGCAUAAUCGCAUUCAACAAGAGCCGCCGCCAGGCCACCAGCAUGAAAGGAGCGAUCACUCUGACCAUUCUACUCGGCGUUUUCAUCAUCUGCUGGGGUCCCUUCUUCCUCCAUCUCAUCCUCAUCCUCACCUGUCCCAAAAGUCCGUACUGCACCUGCUUUUUUAGCCAUUUCAACUUGUUUUUAAUUUUGAUCAUCUGCAACUCGCUCAUAGACCCUCUGAUUUACGCGUACAGGAGUCAGGAGCUGCGCAAGACAUUGAAGGAGCUCGUGCUCUGUUCCUGGUGCUUCUAACGCAAGGCAAUCCGAAGAUAAACAUUUUUAUAGCUAUAUCGCCUGGCUGCAGCAGGGUGCAUUAUGCUGUUCCAGCAAUUAUUUUUGCCUUUACCAGAAGACUAACGUAAACUGGAAUAAGCUUACUGGCAAAAUGACAAUUGAACGACAGAUUAAUUGGUGAUUUGGAGACUGGUACACAAGAUAAACUUUGGUGAACAAAAUGUUUCUGCGAGGAAGUCACCAUAACUUAGAAUUUAUGAACAAAGAAAACUGGUCAAAAGAGUACGUUAUGAAAUCCUAUUAAUUGUGUUAUUUUCCGUAUAUUGCUCAUUUAGCCGUUUUGUUUUUGCUGAGUUCGAUUUGAUAUUUACAAUGUAUGUGAAUGUUAUUGCUGUAUAAUAAAUGUAUUUCUUCAACCAAUAUAUAGAACGUUGGGUUCUUGAACUAGUCCGGGCUUUAUAUAUUUUAUUCCUGCAGAAGUGUCCAUAUGAACAAAAGCGAUAACCUUAUUGCAUCGUAUAAACAAAUUAACCAUCGCAACAAGGAAAUGUAGGCCUAUAACCUUUGCUAAUUAAUCCCCAUAUCCAGAAUUACUUUGUAGGAUUAAAAUAGUUAAUACAUGCCUCUAGUACAAUCUCUACUGAUUUGCAUACCAUUUGCGUUCCUUUUUCUGGAAAAAGCAAUUAUCUGAUUAAAUGGAGGC